AUGGAGGUUCAGUCCGUCCAGGUCUUUCGAUUGGACGUCAGGUCGCAAUUUGAAGGCUUGAGCAAGUCGCAGCAGAGAUAUGCCCAUCAUAUGGCACGUGCAGCAUGGCACGGGGCGAGAAUUGUUUUACGACAAACCUCGCCAGAAUCGCUGACAAUAUUUGACUUCAUCCUCGAGCUUCACGCGGCGUGGAAUGGCGGUUGGGAUCAACUUGCUGAUGAGAUUGGAAUCAAAGAGACGCACCAAUUCCUCACUUACGCGGCAGCCUUUUUGUCCAACUUAGGCAACUACUAUGGAUCCGGCGACCAGAAGUUCAUCCCCGCCAUCCCUGGGACCGUCUUCGCAAAGAUUGCAACCAAGUCUGACAGACUUCAGGCUUUCUAUAGCUCGUUUGCUGACGCUAUCUAUUCAUCACCGCCCUUCAGCCUUGGAUAUCCGGGAGAGACCACUCAAAGCACUUACUACCCGGGAAACCAUAUCACCAAAGAGGAAAUCGCAAUGGUCUCUCAAGUCUUGGAACAAAAGUCCAUUCUCCCAGAGAACACCAGAUUGAGAAAACUAGACGGAGAUGCCGGAUUUGAAUUGCAGAUCGCUUCUUCCGAUGACGGAAGUCUUGGUGUUUUGCCGUUGUCUGAUGGGAGAAGCAGCGUCAAGCUCGUGAUGGGAGACCAUGCAGCUGAGCUGGAGAAAAUUCUCGCCAAGUAUCGAGAAUCACUGCGAAACUGGGUGAAGGAUAAGGCGCCGGAGAUCGAAAACAUCUUCGGCUUCGUUGAGCCGUACAGAGAUCCACAUGGAAUACGAGCUGAGUUUGAGGGUCUUGUUGCGAUCGCGGACGCCGCAGAAACAAGGAAACUGACAAGACUGAACGAGAAUUCGACACAAUUCAUUCGGAAGCUACCUUGGGCCAGUCCCGAAAACGACGGAAAGGGGGUAUUUGAGAAGUCUUUGUUUGACCCACCUGAUCUCUCAAGCAUACACACGCUGGCAUAUUGCUCCAGUAUCAUAUUUCCGGGAAUCAACCUACCCAACUACAACGAUAUUAGGCAAGAGACAGGAUUCAAGAAUGUCAUCAUUGCUAAUCGCAUGGUUGCGGAGAGUAAGGCACAGGGUUACCCAUUCAUCGAAGACUCCGAAGAAGCCGCAUUCCGCAGAGCUAAGUUCCCAACCUACUAUUGGUGGGUUGUUCUGCACGAGCUUCUUGGACAUGGCACAGGCCGGAUGAUGGUUGAAACGACAGAAGGGGACUACAACUUCGACAUUCAGAACCCGCCCAUUAAUCCUCUCGAUGAUAACCCAAUCAAAUCCUGGUAUAAGCCUGGACAGACUUGGACCGGUCAAUUUGGAGAUCUCGCCACAACAGUUGAUGAGUGCAGAGCAGAGCUAGUUGGGGCGUACCUGAUGGAUGACAAAGAUCUUCUGAGAGUUCUUGGAUUUACAGAUGCCACAGACGUGACAGCUGACGAUAUCGCGUACAACAUGUACCAGCAAUUGGGUGUGGAUGGUCUGCGUGGUCUUGCCAACUACAAUGUCGAUAGCAAGCGCUGGGGUCAAGCCCAUAGUCGAGCACACUUCGCAAUUCUGAACUGGCUACUUAAGGACGGCGGGGACUGUGUGGAAAUUGAACAUGACAAAACUGCUGGAAAUUUGACCGUCAGAGUCAAUAGAGCAAAGGUUUCCACUCAUGGAAAGCCAGCACUGGGCAGGAUGCUCUUACGUCUGCACAUGUACCGGUGCACAGCAGAUGUCCAGGCAUGUCGAGUUUACUACGAGAUGCUUACGAGAUUGACUCAGAAGCAUCUGGAAUGGCGGAAGGUCGUGGUGGCUAGUAAGCCACCGCCACUUGUGUUUGUUCAUGCCAAUACGUCUCUGGAAGAGAAUGAGGUUACUUUGAGAGAGUACGAGCCCACAGUUGAAGGUCUAAUAAAGAGCUGGGCUGAGCGCCGUAUCUAA